AUGGCGCCGAACGAAUCAUCGUUUGGUGGUGUGAUUCAGAACACAGUUCCAAUUAUAGCAAGUGAAAUGCUCAAAGAAGCAUUGGAAAUCCUGAACGACGUUCGAGGAGACGAUGUGUAUUCAGUGGAAGUCAUAUUUUCAAAUAUUUCACGGCAAGGAAUUGGGAGUAGUCCGCUUUUAGCGGACACGUACGAUACAACUCCGCCUCCUUGCCAGGAUUUCAAUAUUUCAUGGCAAGGAGUUGGGAGUAGUCCGCUUUUGGUGAAAUUGUACGAUGCAAUAUCGCCUCCUUGUCAUGAUUUAAAUAUUUCAUGGCAAGGAGUUGGGAGUAGUCCGCUUUUGGCGGACAGAUGCGAUACAAUUCCGCCUCCUUGCCAGGAUGUCGAUAUUUCGUCGCAAGAAAUUGAAGGGGGUCCGCUAUUGUCAAACAGGUACGAAGUUAUUACGCCUCCUUGCGUAGAUUCAGUGGGCGAAGGUUUGGGGUCGGAAGAACCACAACCAUUCUGUCUAGAGCAGGAAGUGGCUCCAGCAUCUUCGAACCAGUUAGUCGAGCCAACAUCUAAGAAGCAUAGAUGCGACUUCUGUGGCAAGUGCUUCAAAUAUUCCUGUCAUCUGAAGCAGCAUAUCAGAGUUAUUCAUUCUGGUGGGCAGUCAUUCAGGUGUAUUACCUGCGGGAAAAGGUUUUUGGAUGAUGAUACUCUGCAAAGACAUUUACAAAAACACUUGGGAGAUAAAGAUUUCAAAUGUCUCGAUUGUCCCAAACAGUACGCUCACAAGGUGGAUUUGAAGCGACAUAUCAUGAGCCAUACUGGUAAAAAACCUCAUAUUUGCGGGGUUUGUGGUAAGGGUUUCGGAAGACAAGACCACAUGGUAAAUCAUUCCCGAGUGCAUAAGAAAGAAGUACGGAAACCAUUGGGAUGA